GACUGACGGGGACAAGAGUGGGGAGGAGAGAGGGACAGGAAGAGAGAAACUGAGAGAGCAGGGGACCAGGGGGCCAGUGAUCUGCACACAGGGCAGGGGGUGCUUGCCAGUCCCCAGAGACCACCUCCCACCCCAGACAUCGAGACAUCUGCGACCCGAUGCACGCAGCCUGGCUUUUCGGGGCCUUGGUGAUCCCCCAGCUCUUGGGCUUUGGCCAUGGGGCUCGGGGAGCUGAGCGGGAGUGGGAGGGAGGCUGGGGAGGCGCCCAGGAGGAGGAGCGGGAGAGGGAGGCCCUGAUGUUGAAGCAUUUGCAGGAAGCCCUGGGGCUGCCAGCUGGGAGGGGGGAUGAGAAUCCAGAGAAUCCAGUCGGGACCGAGGAAGGCAAAGGGACCUGGGAGAUUGAGGAGGACCAGGAGGAGGAAGAGGAGGAGGAAGCAACGGCAACCCCCUCCUUCAGCCCCAGUCCCUCUCCCACCCCUGAGGACACCGUCACUUACAUCCUGGGCCGCCUGGCCGGCCUGGACGCAGGCCUGCACCAGCUGCACGUCCGUCUGCACGCGCUGGACACUCGCGUGGUCGAGCUGACCCGGGGGCUGCGGCAGCUGCGGGAGGCGGCGGGCGACACCCGCGACGCUGUGCAAGCCCUGCAGGAGGCGCAGCGCCGCGCCGAGCGCGAGCACGGCCGCUUGGAGGGCUGCCUGAAGGGGCUGCGCCUUGGCCACAAGUGCUUCCUGCUAUCGCGCGACUUCGAGGCGCAGACAACGGCGCAGGCGCGGUGCGUGGCGCGGGGCGGGAGCCUGGCGCAGCCCGCCGACCGCCAGCAGAUGGAGGCGCUUACUCGCUACCUGCGCGGGGCGCUCGCUCCCUACAACUGGCCGGUUUGGCUGGGCGUGCACGACCGGCGCGCUGAAGGCCUCUACCUCUUCGAAAACGGCCAGCGCGUGUCCUUCUUCGCCUGGCACCGCGCGCCCCGCCCCGAGCCGGGCACCCGGCCCAGCGCUGCGCCGCACCCGCUCAGCCCCGACCAGCCCAACGGCGGCGCGCUCGAGAACUGUGUGGCGCAGGCUUCUGAUGACGGGUCCUGGUGGGACCACGACUGCGAGCGGCGUCUCUACUACGUCUGCGAGUUCCCCUUCUAGCCGGGCCGGUUCCCUGGCUCUGCCACCACACCCGGCCUUUGCCUGCGCCGUGCAUCCUCCACCCUCCGAGAACGCCCUUCCUUCCCUGUCC